AUGUCUAUCGCUCUAGUUACCGGAGGCAACGCAGGCAUCGGGGAAGCCGUCGUUCGUCUUCUGUCCAAGACUCCCAAUUUCCAUGUCAUCAUUGGAUCCCGCAAUCCCGACUCCGGUAUCGAGCUUGCCAACUCGCUCAAGAAGCAGGGUCACUCCGUUUCCUCUAUCCAACUAGACAUUACUUCUGAUGACUCGAUCAACAAUGCCAUUGACCACAUCACCAAUGUUCACGGCAAGCUCGAUGUCCUUGUCAACAACGCAGGGGUCGCUCUUGACACUAAGCCGGACGAAUUUGUGUCCACUCGAGACCUAUUCUCCAAGACAUUCAACACGAACGUCUUUGGCACUGCAGCCCUGACAGAAGCCGCUCUUCCGCUUCUCCGAAAGGGCAACCAUCCCCGUGUCAUCUUUCUUUCGUCUACGAUGGGCUCCCUUGAGGUUUCGGGAAACCCGGACACCUUUUUCUACAACAACGACUACAAGGCUUACGACGCCAGUAAAGCGGCGGUCAACAUGCUUUCGGUCAAUUAUGCUCGCAUCUUGAAGCCCUUUGGCGGAGUUUCUAACGCCGUCUGCCCGGGUCUGGUCAAAACAAAGAUGAACGGGUUCAUGGAGGCUGGUGAACCUGUGGAGGUUGGAGCCGAGCGCGUCAUCCAGCUUGCAACUGCUGCACCGGGUGGUCCUUCUGGAACCUUUUCGAACAGAGAGGGUGCAAUUCCUUGGUAA